GAAAUGCAUAAUUUUAUUCGUCUGCAGUCUGAUUGAUUUUCGAAUACCCGUGUAAAAAGUAAAAUGAGAAACAAUAACGAAUUUGUUAUUGCGAUUGUAAUUUUAAAUGUGAUUUUCAUCGCUUAUAGUCAAGAAUGCCAAAUAGAUUGUCCUAUUGGAGAUAAAGAUACCGACAUGGUAUGCGCUUUUGAUAUAAACAAUAGGACAUACAAAAUGUUUCCUAGUCGAUGCGCUAUGGAGGGCUUUACAAAGUGCCAUAACACUGUUUUCGUCAGAACACCUUUGCGUUUUUGCAUCAAUGAACAUUUCUCCUUAUCGCGGCGGAUGUAUGGCGAGUCUUGUCCCGCCUUCUGCCCGAACCACUACAGUCCAGUUUGCGGAGCUUCUAAGUACAGGGACUAUGUUUACCGGACGUUCAACAAUGGCUGCUAUUUGGACAUGAUUAACUGUAGAGGGGAUGAAGAUUAUUCAGGAUACGUAGAAGUACCACUGCAGUUUUGUCAGCGUCAUCUAAUGAAGAACAUAUUUAAAGAGAAAAUUGUUAUGUCCAAUAUGUAUGAUUAUCAUGAUUAUAAUAAUUGAUAAACUUUAUACGCUUCUUAAACUUUA